CACCGAUCACAGAAAGAGCCAAAGAUGACGACUCAGUCCAAUCACAGCUGAUCACAUCUGUCAGCAUGGAGAGGAAAGCCGGUAAUCGGCUUUCCACGGAGAUGACAUGUACACUGAUUAUCAGAGCACUGAUGAUCACUGUGCCCUGAUGAUCAGUGUAGCUCCAGCAGUGCCACCUGUCAGUGUCCAUCAGUGCCUCGUGCCAGUGUUUAUCAGUGCCACAUCAAUGCCACAUAUCAGUGCCCAUCUGAGCUGCCUUUCAGUGUCACCCAUCAGUGCCAGUCAGUGCCACCUAUCAAUGCCAAUCAGUGCUGCCAACCAGUGCCGCCUAUCAGUGCCAGUCAGUGCCGCCUAACAGUGCCAGUCAGUGCCAUCUAACAGUGCCAUAUAUCAGUGCCGCCUUUCGGUGCCCAUCAGUGAUGCCUGUCAAUGCCCAUCAGUACCACCUACCAGUGCCUCCUCUCUCAGUG